GACUGGGAUAUCAUAGCCAUCCAAGAACCCACCAUAGACACGAAAGGUAAUACAAGAGCCACCCCCGACUGGCACGUUGUAUACCCAACGCACCGCUACACACAAGCAAAGCGCUCGCGUACUGUAACACUAGUACAUAAACGUAUUAACACCAACAGCUGGAGACAACUUCCUUUUCCCUCAGCUGACGUAGUAAUAAUUCAAUUCACAGGAUCCUUCGGCAAACUAACUAUCUUUAAUAUCUAC